CCCUCCCGCCAGGCCUUGCUGGACCCAGCGCCUUCUCCCUGUCACCCGCUGUCGCCUCGGGCGGGGAUCGGUGCCCCGGAGCGCAAAGCCUGACGCGAUCCCCCUCUCCCACCCCCACCCCCACCUCCCACCGCCCAGGCCCUGGCGGCGAUGAGACAGAGCGGCGCCUCCCAGCCCCUGCUGAUCAACAUGUACCUGCCAGAUCCCGUCGGAGACGGUCUCUUCAAGGAAGGAAAGAGCCCGGGGUGGGGGCCGCUGAGCCCCGCGGUACAAAAAGGCAGCGGCCAGAUCCAGCUGUGGCAGUUUCUGCUGGAGCUGCUGGCUGACCGCGCCAACGCCGGCUGCAUCGCGUGGGAGGGUGGCCACGGCGAGUUCAAGCUCACGGACCCAGACGAGGUGGCGCGGCGCUGGGGCGAGCGCAAGAGCAAGCCCAACAUGAACUACGACAAGCUGAGCCGCGCGCUGCGCUACUACUAUGACAAGAACAUCAUGAGCAAGGUGCACGGCAAGCGCUACGCCUACCGCUUCGACUUCCAGGGCCUGGCGCAGGCCUGCCAGCCGCCCCCCGCGCACGCUCACGCCGCCGCCGCCGCCGCGGCCGCCGCCGCCGCCGCCGCCCAGGAAGGCGCACUCUACAAGCUGCAGCCCAGCCUGGCCCCACUGCCCUUCCCCGGCCUCUCCAAACUCAACCUCAUGGCCGCCUCGGCCGGCGUCGCGCCCGCCGGCUUCUCCUACUGGCCGGGUCCGGGCCCCGCCGCCGCCGCCGCCGCCACCGCCGCGCUCUACCCCAGCCCCGGGUUGCAGCCCCCGUCCGGGCCCUUCGGCGCGGUGGCCGCCGCCUCGCACCUGGGGGGCCAUUACCACUAG